UUAAUGCGGGGUAUGAGAGUCGUUGUUCCUCACAAGCUGCGGAAAAGGGUGCUGGAGGAACUGCACACUGGCCACCCAGGAAUUGUCCGAAUGAAAGCCAUUGCUCGCAGUUAUGUGUGGUGGCCGGGUCUUGAUGCUGACAUUGAACUGCAAGUGAAAAUGUGUCAGUCAUGUCAACAAAUACAGAAAAUGCCAUCCCAAGCACCCCUCCACCCAUGGGAGUGGCCAAGCAAACCAUGGGAGCGCAUACAUGUAGAUUUUGCUGGGCCGUGUGAGGGUCACAUGUACCUGGUCGUGGUUGACGCACAUUCAAAGUGGCCUGAGGUGCAGUUGAUGACAUCAACGACAGCAGAAAAAACAAUUGGAGUUUUGAGGAACCUCUUCAGUCAUUAUGGUCUGCCUGAAGUUCUUGUGAGCGACAAUGGACCACAAUUUGUCUCUCAGGAGUUUGCAAAUUUCCUGAAGGCCAACCAUGUGAAACAUAUCCGUUCUGCCCCAUAUCAUCCGGCAACUAACGGGCAGGCUGAGAGGUUUGUUCAGUCACUAAAACAAGCACUGAAGGCUUCUAAGGGCUCUUCUACUCUUCAGAAACGGCUGGAAACAUUUUUGCUGACGUACCGCAACACACCACAUCCGACGACAAAAGAGUCCCCUUCCCUGUUGUUUUUGGGACGCCAGUUGCGCACACGUCUUGAUGCCUUAAAACCCAGUGUGACAGCUGCUGUGCGACUCUCACAGACCUCUCAGGUUCUCUGGCGAGCUGGUCGUUCAAAGCAGAGACAGUUUGGAGUAGGUGAUGUUGUGCUGGCUUGUGAUUACAGGGGGAGAGAGAGAUGGACAUCAGGAAUGGUGAUGGCUCAGAGUGGUCCAGUAUCUUAUACUGUGGAUGUAGGUGCUUCUGAGGAAUGGAGGUGUCAUGCUGAUCAACUUUUGUCCAUUCCAAACCAAACAGCUGAAACUCAGUUGACAGAAUUACCUGAUAACAAGAAUGUGUCUGUUCCGGUGCAGACCUCUGUAAAUGCCACUUCAUCUGCACCACCAACAAAGGAACAAGAUGUUAACGGCGACACAUUAACAGAGUCUCAGACAAAGCAUGGCAAACUCGACAUUCCACCAGCGCAGGUCAGACGUUAUCCAGCCAGAGUGAUUAAACCACCCAACCGUCUGACAUUAUAG